GAAUGUUGUUGUUUACGUGAUCAAAGGCUGAGAAAUGUCAUUCGCCGUAAAGCGCUACAGUAAAUACGGAACGCAUGUGCUCGUUGCACAGUAGAUUGGUACGAAAAGAUGAGUGGUACAAUGAAAAAAUAUGUUCUCUGGUUUGCCCAAGAGCACGUAGACUUCCGGCAGGCGGAAAUCGCUUCCCUCAUGCGGAUAUGGAACAUUCAAAUGAAUACAUCGACAAAUCAUAAUCCGGAACGACCGUUUUGGGUGGUAGAAAUGGCAGAUGACGAUGCAGCCCGUAAGCUAGCCUCCCGGUCAAUGUCGCUGCGAUGCAUAUUUGAGCUGUGGGCACAUACCAACCAUGGUUUGGCACAAUUUCACGAUGCACUACGCGAACACAUCGAAACACACCGCAAAGCACUUGCGACUCAUUUCGACGCAAAAAAAUCGUUUAAAAUUACUGUAGAAACGUACAACAAGCACUUCAGUCAAAAGGAAAAGGUAGCUAAAAUCGAAACCAUGCAGUAUCUCCCGGUGGAAGGGCCUGUAAAUCUGAAGACGCCGGAUGUACAUUACUGGUAUAUUGAGUUUUGGGGAUUGGAUCCAAUGAACGUUCCGGUACAACCGCACGACGUUCUGUUCGGCCGUUGGAUAGCGGACGGGAAGCGUGAUAUGAUAAAUGAAAUAUCGCUAAAGCAUCGGAAAUUUAUUGGAAACACCUCAAUGGAUCCGCAACUAUCAUUGCUGAUGGCAAAUCAAGGACUCGUUCGAAGCGGUGAUCUGGUGCUGGAUCCGUUUGCGGGAUCCGGUUCGCUGCUAGUUGCCGCAGCAAAGUUUGGUGCGUACGUAAUCGGAGCCGAUAUUGAUUACAUGAUCGUACACGGUAAAUCGAAACCAACGCGUGUAAAUCAAAAGGUCAGAGAGGAAGAUGAAAGCAUCUAUGCCAACCUGCAGCAGUACAAUUGCGGUGGACUUUUCGUUGAUGUUCUAAUAGCGGACUUUUCGCGAAGCAUUUGGGCAGAGAAGAUGGUCUUUGACAGUAUUAUCACGGACCCUCCCUACGGUAUUCGUGAGGCUACGGAACGAAUUGAAUUUAAAACUCAGCGCAGAACGACUGUGAUGACAGAGGAUGCAGUGCACUAUCCGUCUACCUCACCGUACCAGUUGUGUCAGAUGUAUAAGGAUUUGCUUCAAUUUUCGGCUCGUCACCUAAAGCUUGGUGGUCGGUUGGUUUGCUGGUUUCCGAUGUUAAGAAAGGAUCUAGAUUCGGAUGUGGUCCCUCGUCACAAGUGCCUGCAGUUGGUAGCCAAUUCGGAACAACCACUGUCAGGGUACAGUUCCCGGCGAUUGUUAACAUACGAGAAGGUAUCCGAUAGCGAAGCCGAUCUCAAUGCAUUCGAAAUGCCAGACACAGUGGUAGAAAACUUUCGCCAGCGCUAUUUCUCCCAGCUGGCAGAGGAUAAUGGAACGCGCAAAGAGCGACGACUAGCGUUGCGUGAGGUUGGUCGAAAGGAGGCAAAGAAACGGGGAAAACAACAGCAACCGGAUGGAAAAUGGCGCUACACGCAAGAAACACCGGAUCAACGUUAGUGGUGAUCACGCGU